ACAUAAACGUCGCUAUAAUUAGGCAGCGAAUGGGCGAUAAGAUGAACGUAGUUUCGUCAUUACUAUGCUGUAUGUUUUAAUUUAUGUGAAUUUUGGUUUACUAAAGUUAAAUGUUUGAUGGUUUUAAUUUAAAUUAAAAAAGUACUCUCUUUUAUUGUAUUGAGAAUCGUGUAAAGUGGAAAUUUUGACUCGAUGGCUGACAUAAAGGCUUUGGAACAUCCAACUCUCAAGGUUCCGUACGAGUUGUUGAAUAAAAAAUUUCGAGCUGCUCAAAAACAGAUUGACAGAGAGGUUGCUCAUGUACAAACAGCAGCCUUGGAAUUGGAACGUGGAUUAUCAUCCGAUAAUAUUCAAGCCACUGACAUUACUCGAUUGCUCGGCGGAAUGGUCCAAAAAUUACAAGUUUUAAAACGAAAGGCUGAAGAAGGAAUAGCCGAAGAAUUACAAGUUGGCCUUGUUUGCAAACGACGUUUAGAGCAUUUGAAAGAACACGCUUCUGGCAAUGCAGGAGCUGUUAGUCAGUGGCGUCGUAGACGACUCGAUCGUAUGCUUGUCGAGUACUUUUUAAGACGUGGAUAUUACGGAGCUGCUACCCGACUAGCUCAUACAUCCGAUCUUAAAGAUUUAACCAAUAUUGACGUUUUCUUGGUAUCUCGUGAAGUAGAACAAUCAUUAGCUGACCACGACACUUCUAAAUGUCUCGCUUGGUGCCAUGAUAAUCGAUCGAAGUUACGCAAAUUGAAAUCAUCGAUGGAAUUCAAUCUUCGUAUACAAGAGUUUAUCGAACUCGUUCGCACCGAUAAGAAAAUCGAAGCUGUGAAACAUGCCAGGAAACAUUUUUCAACUUACGAAGACAAUCAGUUAGAAGAAAUACAACAUUGUAUGGCAUUACUAGCUUUCCCAUCGGACACACAAAUCUCGCCUUAUAAAGAACUUUUGGAAGAAAAACGAUGGGAUAAACUUGUCGAACAGUUUCGUCAAGAAAAUUAUCGUCUGUUCCAAAUGGCCUCGCAAUCUGUUUUCACCGUAGCACUUCAAGCAGGUUUAUCUGCUCUAAAGACACCUCAGUGUUAUAGCAAAGAGAAUCGUAGCAGUAAUUGUCCAGUUUGUCAAGAAUGGUUGAAUAUUUUAGCAGUACCGUUGCCUUAUGCUCAUUGCAGUCAAUCUAGGCUGGUUUGUUCGAUAUCUGGUCUUCCUUUGAAUGAAAACAAUCAACCCAUGGUUCUUCCUAAUGGUUACGUGUAUGGAGAACAGGCUUUACAACAAAUGGCCGCCGAAAAUAAUGGUCAAGUCAUUUGUCCCAGAACAAAAGAUGUUUUUCCUUAUAAAAAAGUUGAAAAAGUAUACGUCAUGUAAAUGCUACGUGGAAUAUUUCAACAAGGCAACAGAACUGAUGAAAAUAUCAAAAAUUUCCUCUUUUUUUGUAAUAAUUAUUUAACAUGAGCUUACGUUUAUUGAUAUUAUUAGGAAUAUAUAAGUACAUAAAUUAUAAAAAAUAGCUUACGUUUUUCUAGCAAUAGUUCUGCGUAGUUUUUCUUUUGUAUAGCAUAUCGAGGUAUAUAUUUUAGUUGUUGCUUUUAAGUGCCAGAUCAUUAAUUUUUUGUUCGUUUGUUUUUUUUUCAAGUAAUUUUAUUGUAAAUUAACUGUAGUACCUAUUUUAACAACGCUCAUUGAUGUGAUGAGUGCGAUGUUUAAAAUUAUACGUAUUUAUAUUAA